GUGACAUUUGGCAUGUGGACUUCACCGUUCUCGUCGACGAGGUGGAUGAGCCCUGGGUGCGACAGCGCCUUGAGGAGCUGGCCAGCAGCACCGCUGGAUACGACGCUUUACUCCGUGAGGAGCUCGUUUCUCUUGGCAGCGCUCCCAGCGAGGAUUUCGUGGUCACUGCAGCGAUCGCACCUGCUGAAGGGGAAGGGACGGGCGGCUCCGAUGACUUGCCGAUCGUCUUCAUCAUUGCAGCGGGGGCCGCCAUCCUCUGUCUGCUUGGUUUGAUGAUCUGGAAGGGUUGCAGCCGUCCGCAGCCGGCGGAAGAGCCGCCGUACUCCAAAACGGAUCUGCCACAGGACGACAACGAAAUGCUCCCGCCGCCAAAGCUGGCCACUGUUGUGGAGGUGAUGACAGGACCUUUGUUCCGCAAUGUUCCAAGUUACCAUGGAAUGGUUGGAGAAUGGGGGAUGGGCGGGGCAAAGGAUCUGUUCGAGACCUGCCUUUAUACACCCGUUGCAGCCUCGGCCACAGAGGCCGAGGGCCACACAGAGGAGGCCCAGGCUGCCCAGGCCGAGCCGCCGCUGCCGCCGCCAGAGGUGGAGAUACCGAUCUCCGAGGUGCAGCUCUCUGACAUACAGCCAGAGGUGCAGCUCGCCGACGUACAGCCGGAGGCAGCUGGCAUGCGAAUGCUGCGCUUGAGCACAGGGUUGGAUCAGGAAGGUGCUUUCUUCUUUGCCGUCGUCAUCAGUUCAUCAGUCUUAGGUGCUGGUGAAGCCGCCGAGGCCCAGACUUGGGGAGGCCGAAUAGUUAUGAUGGUGAAGAUGAUAACCGACAUGAUAGGAAGUUUCGGCUGUCCUUCUCAGGGCCCAUGCUACCUCUACGCAAAGGAGUACGGCCAGCGACUGGAUCUUGGCGGACGUCGACCUGUCUGCGAGACGGCCGGCAGCUACCGGGAGACGGGCGAGUUGACCUGGCGUGAGGUCCCGCAGAGCGCUUCCGGUCUUGCGUUCGAGUGCUCCGGACACAUGCGCUCGCGGCGACGAAAAGAUAUGCAACCAGAAGACUCUUUCGAGAUCGUUGGAGUCUUCGCGGCGUAUGACACCUCCGUCUCAGCGCUGCAAGUGGGGAGUGGCCGCUUCUCGAUUCGCACACACACCGGCCUCGAACCGACUGCCAUCGGGCACCCAGCAUCUUACUUCGCCGCUGAUCGGGUGUGA